UAACCAAGCACCCGACAAGAUAUAGAGUUAACACAUAAACAGGUCAUUAACUUAUUAAACACAAGUAACCUGUGUCAUUCGACUUCAUUUCCGUGCAGACAAGGCUUCGCUUGUGCUUGCGUGUGGAGCAGGGGGGUGGUAGUCAAGAUUCAAGUUUUUGAACGCUGUUCCACUUAUAUGAACCUCGGUUGAAUAGUUGGAAUAUCAGAUAUGGUAGAAAGUGAAAGCCAGGAUUGGAUCAAUAAGUUGCCGUGUUGUGUUCUGUCAUCCAUACUUUCAUUGUUAACAAUAAAAGAAGCAGUUGAUACUUGCUUGGUAUCCCAUCGAUGGAGGAACCUUUGGAAGCAUACCAUACUGACAAGGCCCAAUCUUGAAUUAGACAUUGCAAAUAUUUUUGGACCCGUGUAUGCUCCAUUCGCCGAAAGACGUCUGAUUUACCACUGGCUUGCACCUAUGAGUGGUGAAUUUGAUAGAAAGUGCUAUAUAAAACGUGUGAAUGAAGUUUUGGAGCUCUACUCGGGCAACAAGCUGACCUCGUUCAAAGUGGCAUUCUUUUUGGAUCAAAAGGAUACUGAAGUUCUUGACAAAUGGGUUCGUUUUGCAAUUACAAAGGGAGCUCAAAAGCUGGAUCUUCGAUGUUAUGGAACUCUCAGUGCAUGUGAUAAAUAUGUUUUUCCUCACUGGAUCCUUACAGAUUUGAACAUAUCAACCCUAAAGCAUUUGUCAUUGUAUCAAUGUGUUCUAAAACCUCCUACUGAUUUUGACAGAUUUGUUCAGCUAACAACUCUUUCUCUGUGUGAUGUUGAAGUCGAUCAAGAUUUUUUGGAACAUCUGUUCUCUGCUUGUUUUCUCCUCGAAAGCCUCACCUUGAUCUCAUGUGCCAUGCACUCUAAUCUGAUUAUUGGUCCAUCGGUUCACCUGCAUGAUCUGAAAGUGCUUGUGUGUUCCGUAUUUGGAAGAAUAGAGAUCGAUGCAGUAAAUCUCUCCUCCUUGGAGUAUGAUGGAUAUAAUACGCAGAUUUCUUUCAUGAAAACUCCAAAGCUAGUAACAAUUUUUUUCAAAGGGCUUCAAGGUCCAUUACCUAAUGUGCUAACCCAGCUCACCUCUUGUCCUGAGUUGAGCACUCUUCAUCUGCAGAUCAGAGAAUAUUUCGAACAUAUACCCCAAACUUUUCUGACAUUGAGGAAUUUAAAGAAAUUGAAGUUGGAUCUCCUCCUGGAUGACUUAGAACUUGGGAGUGUUCUGAAUAUUCUCAGGACUGCACCACUUUUGGAAGAACUUUUAAUGAUGGUACGUGCACUAGAGUAUCAUGGAGAGAUCAGGAAUCUAUGUACAUUCUCACAUAAUCAUUUAAGAAGAGUAAAGAUGCAGGGAUUCCAAGGUAUGUGGUUUGAGAUAGAGUUCACCAUAUGCAUUCUUAAAAUUGCAACAAAGCUCGAGUCAAUGGUGAUUGAUCCACAUGGAUCAUUCUACGACGGUGAUGAAACAUGGUACAAUAUCACCUGUUCUUAUGAGGAGGGGAACGAGGACGAGCACCCUGAAGAGGUAAUAGAGGGCAUAAGCAAAGAUGACAAUGUGGAUGACAAUGUGCCUUACGAACUUUUUUGUUGGCAAAAAAGAGGCAGGGCAGCGGUCCAAGAAAGGCUGAAAGAUGUAAAGACUGCUGCUCAAGUCAUCAUCCUCUGAUGUUCGUAAUUUGUAGAUUUCACCAAAUUUUCCAUUUCAGCAAUGCAUAACAGGUUAGUCAAGACAUCACAUUCUUUGGGAAACAAAAUUCAUAGAACUCUAUUAAGCAAACGAACGUUGUUAUAUUGUUUUAAUGUGAAACAUUAGAAAAAAACUCUUAUUAUACGUGCAAUGUAAAUAAUAUCCUACAAGGUUACAAAGU